UGUGUUGCUUGCCGUUGCCGCUGCUGUCGCUUCACUUCACCUGAACCAAAUUGGUGAAGCCGCUACCCCUUCUGCCUUUUUCAUCUCGCUGUCUCUUGAGUCUCAGCUUCAGCUGUUCUUUGACAAUCAAAAGCAUCCGAACCCUUCCUUCAAAUGCACGAAAAUGGGGGGAUUCCCCCGAAAAGAUAUGCAGAAUAAACAAGUCCCCAAGUUGCGGCAAAGCCAUCCGUGGCUGCUGAAUUGAAGCUCAAGACAGCAACCCCCAUAAUAAAGAAGUAACUCUCCCCUCUCCUCCCUUCUCCUCUCCUCUUCACUUGAGCUCAUAAGCUUGGCUUGCAAUGGCGUCCCAUCUCAUCCCAUGCCAAACCCACAAACACCCGUCCCUGUUACCGACAUUGCUGGCUCCACGCAGGGGUUGGAACAGGGCAAGGGCUGGUUUUAGGAUUAGGGUUUCCGAUGGCGCGGACUCCUACCUCGACAUGUGGAAGAAGGCGGUGAACCGGGAGAGGAAGUCCAUCGAGUUCCAGAACAUCGCGGACAACAAGGUCCCGAGCGGUGGAGACCAGAGAGUGGUGGACUUGGAGGCGAAGAGCGUGGAGUUCCAGAAGCUUCUCGAAGUCCCCCGGGAGGAGCGGGACCGGGUCCAGCGGAUGCAGGUCAUCGACCGGGCAGCUGCUGCGAUUGCAGCGGCUCGCUCUGUGAUUCAGGAGAAGGGGAGUCUUGAGAGCGGACGGGACGAAGCGGCGAGACUUGCAAAGUGGGAUUUGGAUGAUCAUGAAAAUGAGGAGCAGAGUGGAAUCGUAUUCUUACCUGCAUCAGAAGCCAAUUCUAAUGGUGUACCGGGCCCAGAUUUCUGGUCUUGGACGCCUCCCUCAGCUAAUGAUCAGACCUCACUUGAUGCUGAUCCCCAGGCAAUCAGUAAACCUUCUGUGUAUCCAACUCCUACCAAUCCUGUUAUUGAAAAGGAACGAUCAGCAGAUGUCCUCUCCAUUCCUUUCGAGAGCAAGUUUCGUGAAAGUGUCAUAAACCCUCUCCUUCUACCUCUUCAGUCCCUGACGGAGACUGAGAAGCUCAAGGGCUUGCCUUCUUUGAAAGAGGAUGAAAAAAUCAGUGCCAUAUCCUCUGCAAAUGCUACAGAAGCAGCCGAUGCCCUGGGCAAGGCAGAGGAGUUACCGUCUUCAGGAGUGAAUCCUGAUGGGUCAAGAUGGUGGGGGCAGACAGGAAUUGAAAAGAGGCCCGAUGGUGUGAUUUGUAGAUGGACGUUGAGAAGGGGUGUUAGUGCUGAUCAAGUCACUGAGUGGCAGGAGAAGUUUUGGGAGGCUUCUGAUGAGUUCGGGUACAAAGAACUGGGUUCUGAGAAAUCAGGACGGGACUCCCAUGGGAAUGUGUGGCGUGAAUUUUGGAGGGAGUCGAUGCGGCAGGAAGCGGGACUUGUGCAUCUUGAGAAAACAGCCGAUAAGUGGGGCAAGAAUGGGAAAGGCGAAGAGUGGCAAGAGAAGUGGUGGGAGCAUUACGAUGCUUCUGGGCAGGCCGACAAGUGGGCCCACAAGUGGUGCAGCAUUGACCCGAAGACACCCCUUGAGGCUGGUCAUGCUCAUGUUUGGCACGAAAGGUGGGGAGAGAAGUAUGAUGGGUGUGGUGGAAGCACCAAGUACACGGACAAGUGGGCCGAGCGGUGUGAGGACGGAGGUGGGUGGUGGUCGAAGUGGGGAGACAAGUGGGACGAGAACUUUGAUCCAAACGGGCAUGGGGUCAAGCAAGGGGAGAAGUGGUGGCAGGGAGGGGACGGGUCCCGCUGGAACCGCACUUGGGGAGAGCACCACAAUGGGUCAGGAUGGGUCCACAAGUACGGCAAGAGCAGCUGCGGAGAGCACUGGGACACGCACGCUCAGCAGGAGACUUGGUAUGAGAGGUUUCCUCACUUUGGGUUCUACCACUGCUUCGAUAACUCGGUCCAACUCCGAGAAGUUCCCAGGCCUUCUGAGAUUUUGGGAGAUUAGUUAUGUUGCUGGAAACGGUAUAUAAGAACUUCAUUUGGAGGACUAACAUAGUAGAAGUUGCUUUUUGUAUGUUAUAUGUGUGUGUGUGGCGUACAUACAUGCAAUAUAAAUCACCACCUCAGGCUUCUGCAUGAGUUAAAAGGCCCUUUAGCUGAUUUGGUUA